AUCAAACGAUGUCUCUCCAAGCUAAGUUUCAAUGCGCAGUUUUAUUCGUGAUUUUGUUUCCAAGGCAAUCGCGUGCCUUGCGAUACAUAUUCGAUCCCGAAUUUGAUGACUUCUUUGACGAUUGCCAUAACUCAGCAAGUAAUGUUAUUAACAUUCAUGAACUAUGUGACUUAUCGGAGUUAACCUUUAUGCGAGAAGAUGAUAAAAUGUCAGUUGUGGGCAAUGUUACAAUUAAAUGGAAUAUUCAGCUAGGGGAUCGCAUUGAGGCGAGCUUUCAGCUCUUUCGGUUUGAUCGUAUAAACUGGCAGCAAACGCCAUUUGGUAUGACUGUGCAUAACUUCUGUCCCAUUCUGUUUGACGAGCCGCAGUACUGGUAUAAAUAUUGGACAAAAUAUAUAAUCAACAAGGAAGAAGUCAAGGAAAAGUGUUUUUACUCGGGAAGUAAAUUAAUUCACGAGCCGUUUACCAUAAGUAUGAUAUUCGAUUUCACUGGAUUACCUUUACAUGGGCGAUAUAAAAUAGUGACCACAGUCAAGGCCUUUAACUCAGAAAAUGUGGAGCGGGAAAUUAGCGCGUGUUUCGAAGUAGAAGGAAAGUUUCACAAAAAUCCAUUUAAAAUUGAAGCGAAUAAUCACACGAUGCUGCUCCAGUCAAAGUAUCUUUACGUUGUGUAUUUCAUCAGUUUGCUCGUAAGGCAGUCGAGUGCCUUGAAGUAUCUAUUUGUUCCUGAAAAUGACGAAUUAUAUGGCGACUGCCAAAAUCAACCAAAUAAUGUUCUUAAUGUUCAUGAAAUGAGUGACUUAUCUGAGCUAAGCUUUACACGAGAAGACGAUAAAAUAUUAGUUUUUGGCAAUUGUACCUUCAAGUGGAAUAUUCAACACGGGGAUCGCAUUGCGGCGAGCUUUCAGCUCUUUCGGUUUGAUCGUAUAAACUGGCAGCAAACGCCAUUUGGUAUGACUGUUCAUAACUUCUGUCCCAUUCUGUUUGACGAGCCUCAGACCUGGUAUAAAUAUUGGACAAAAUACGUAACCAAUAAGGAACAAGUGAAGAAUGAAUGCCUUUACCCCGGAACAAAGUUUAUUCACAUGCCGUUUGCCAUAAAUAUGAUAAUCGAUCUCACUGGAUUACCUUUAAACGGACGUUAUAAAAUCGUGGUCACAUUCAAAGCCUUUAGCCCUAAAAAUGUUGAACGGACAACUAGCGUCUGCAUCGAGAUAGAGGGAGCAUUUGAAAGACUAAAUUAGAAAAGUAAGAGUGUUAUUGUCGGAAG